CCUCAUAUCCCUACCUGCACCCCCAUAUCCUAACCUGCGCCCCAAUCAAAUCCCAACCUACCCCCAUAUCCUACCCUGCCUCCCCAUAUCCCAACCUAUCCCCCCAUUUCCUAACCUACCCCCUCCAUCAAAUCCCAACCUACCCCCAUAACUUCCCAGUUACCCAUCCCACCCCAUACCCCAGUCACCUCUUCUCCUCACCCUCGGCCAUCAUAUCCCACCCCAUGUUACCCUCGGCCAUCAUACCCCCUCAAUACCCAUCCUCCUCUGUACAUGCCACAUUUACUGCAUCCCAUUAACCAAUUUGAUACUGCCUCUAUUACAUUUCCCUUUUUACCCCUCUCGGAUACCCCCUUCCAUUCAUCCUGUGUCUCUAACCUACUAUUAAACCUCUGAUACCCAUUUAAUCCAUUUCCCAGCAAUACCUCCUUUACAUGUUUCCCAGUCACCCCUCUCGGAAACUUCAUUACAAUCACCCUUUAUCUGAGUUAUCCAUUCAGUAACCCAUUUAACCCACUCAAACAUCUUUCAAUCCCUGUGAAAUCUUUCCAUUGCCCCAAAGUACCAUUCACAUAUCAUACCCCAUAAUUGUUCCUUAUGCCCCACACUUUAUAUCCUCCUGCAGUCUGAGCUUGCCCACCUGGCACGCCACCAUGUUAAAGUGUAUCCCUCUCUGGCGCUGUAACCGCCAUGUGGAGUCUGUGGACAAACGACAUUGCUCCCUGCAGACUGUGCCAGAGGAGGUAUAUCGCUACAGCCGGAGUCUGGAGGAGCUACUAUUAGAUGCCAACCAGCUGCGGGAACUUCCCAAGGUGAGCCUGGAAUGACGCUUCUAGUGAUUAAAAUGGCAUGUGGACACCUCGCUGUCAUGUUUCAUUACAGAACGCCCAGAUAUAAUCUGUAUAAUCACUCGUGUGGGGCAUUUAAAGCUAACCGCAUUAUGCCCAAUACAACCGCCUUAGCGGAACGUUGUAAAAUGAAUGAAUUACACUCAUUGGAUUCAUGGGGCAGACGCCUCUCUAACCGUCACCCUGUGUGUAGGAGGGAUGUACCGCCUGGGUACUGUUUUGAUGGAAAUGGUACUUUUUACAUCCCCAUUUAACAUGCUGGUGGUGCUUGACUUUUGUCUCCGUGCUGCAGGUUUUGUGGCUUGUGAUGACAUCCACCCUGUAAGAUAAUAGAAACAUUGCAAUUAGCUGCUCGCAUGCUAAUCCACGUCCUUGUUUUGUUUAUUGGAGAGGGCAGCUGCUUAGGAAUGUCUAUUUUUGGGUCUGACUGCCAGCUGGUUCGUCCCUUACACCUCAGGUACCUGCCCAUCUCCUGGGCCCAGUGUCGGAAUCUGGGAACAUAUGGUAAUUCAGUCUGGUAUUUAGCAUGGUCCUUGAGAUGAAGUUUCACAGUCAUCUAUUGUUACUCGUUAACCUGUUCGCUGCUUAGUUAGCUGGCUACGAUUGUUUAUUGAUAUCCUUAUACCAAGCAGAGACUAAGACUACCUUAGAAAUGGAUUUCAGACCCACAGCCAGUUGUUCCUCCGUUCGGUAUCCAGGACAUACUUGAAAACUAGGGAAAUCCCAAUGUAUCAUUUCUGAUAAAAUAUUUUAUAAAUAAAUCCACUAACUAUCCCCACGCUAACGCUCUGGCUGGGCUUAGAAGCUGUAGGACUUGCCGUCAUGCUGCCCAAUUGUUUAUUAGAAAGCGUUGCUUCUGAGUGAAGCUGUUAUGGUCAUCGUAGCCGUUCUAUCAGCAGUGUAUUUAAUCAUACCGAUUAAAGAGGUAUUUUGUCCUGAGUUUUAUUUCCUUGUGUACUGGUUCUGAUUCUGUUAAUUGUUGUGUUCCAGUGUCCACCUAGUUAAGAGCUGAUUUCAGAGUAUAGUGCCUUGCUGUUUAAUAGGUUAAAGAGACAGUUCUUCAUGAAGCGAUCUAAGGACCGUGACCUGUCUCACGGGUUAGAGACAGUCUUACCUGACGUGAUCUAUUGACAGUGACAUGUCUCAUAGCUUGGAGACAGUCCUACGUGAAGCGAUCUAUUGACAGUGACAUGUCUCAUGGGUUAGACAGUCCUACGUGAAGCGAUCUAUUGACAGUGACAUGUCUCAUGGGUUAGACAGUCCUACGUGAAGCGAUCUAUUGACAGUGACAUGUCUCAUGGGUUAGACAGUCCUACGUGAAGCGAUCUAUUGACAGUGACAUGUCUCAUGGGUUAGACAGUCCUACGUGAAGCGAUCUAUUGACGGUGACAUGUCUCAUGGGUUAGACAGUCCUACGUGAAGCGAUCUAUUGACGGUGACAUGUCUCAUGGGUUAGACAGUCCUACGUGAAGCGAUCUAUUGACGGUGACAUGUCUCAUGGGUUAGACAGUCCUACGUGAAGCGAUCUAUUGACGGUGACAUGUCUCAUGGGUUAGACAGUCCUACGUGAAGCGAUCUAUUGACAGUGACAUGUCUCAUGGGUUAGACAGUCCUACGUGAAGCGAUCUAUUGACGGUGACAUGUCUCAUGGGUUAGACAGUCCUACGUGAAGCGAUCUAUUGACGGUGACAUGUCUCAUGGGUUAGACAGUCCUACGUGAAGCGAUCUAUUGACGGUGACAUGUCUCAUGGGUUAGACAGUCCUACGUGAAGCGAUCUAUUGACGGUGACAUGUCUCAUGGGUUAGACAGUCCCACGUCCCAUUGACGGUGAAUGUCUCAUGGGUUAGACAGUCCCACGCGGAAGUAUCUAUUGACGGUGACAUGUCUCAUGGGUUAGACAGUCCUACGUGAAGCGAUCUAUUGACGGUGACAUGUUUCAUGGGUUAGACAGUCCUACGUGAAGCGAUCUAUUGACGGUGACAUGUCUCAUGGGUUAGACAGUCCUACGUGAAGCGAUCUAUUGACGGUGACAUGUUUCAUGGGUUAGACAGUCCUACGUGAAGCGAUCUAUUGACGGUGACAUGUCUCAUGGGUUAGACAGUCCUACCUGAAGCGAUCUAUUGACAGUGACAUGUCUCAUGGGUUAGACAGUCCUACGUGAAGCGAUCUAUUGACGGUGACAUGUCUCAUGGGUUAGACAGUCCUACGUGAAGCGAUCUAUUGACGGUGACAUGUCUCAUGGGUUAGACAGUCCUACGUGAAGCGAUCUAUUGACGGUGACAUGUCUCAUGGGUUAGACAGUCCUACGUGAAGCGAUCUAUUGACGGUGACAUGUCUCAUGGGUUAGACAGUCCUAUGUGAAGCGAUCUAUUGACGGUGACAUGUCUCAUGGGUUAGACAGUCCUACGUGAAGCGAUCUAUUGACGGUGACAUGUCUCAUGGGUUAGACAGUCCUACGUGAAGCGAUCUAUUGACGGUGACAUGUCUCAUGGGUUAGACAGUCCUACGUGAAGCGAUCUAUUGACGGUGACAUGUCUCAUCGGUUAGACAGUCCUACGUGAAGCGAUCUAUUGACGGUGACAUGUUUCAUGGGUUAGACAGUCCUACGUGAAGCGAUCUAUUGACGGUGACAUGUCUCAUGGGUUAGACAGUCCUACGUGAAGCGAUCUAUUGACGGUGACAUGUUUCAUGGGUUAGACAGUCCUACGUGAAGCGAUCUAUUGACGGUGACAUGUUUCAUGGGUUAGACAGUCCUACGUGAAGCGAUCUAUUGACAGUGACAUGCUUAAGGUGCACCUGCCAUCACUUACAUAAGAUGGCUUCAUUUUAAAGUGUAUGACUUGCACUGUGCUAGUCCAAUGUUAUGUCGUCUUGUAUUUACAGGCUGCCUAUUGGCAUAGCAGUAAAGACUUUAUUAACCUGUGGAUGCAGAGCUGGCAUACACUGACACCAGGAAUUGUAGAAGGCCAGUCAGCUCAGGGCAGUCAGCUCUGCAGCUUUGUGGCCUUCUACAGAAGUUGGAGUAAGAAAAAGUGGGCACGAGUUAAAUAUUCCUUUAUUGUGUGA